AUGAGCCUUGAUCACACCUCCUACCCCCACCUAUUUGAGAAGAUAGUCGCGUACCUCGACUGGGAGACCCUACGCCUCAUCCGCCUCACGAGUUCGGCCGUGAACGACAAGGCCUGCGCCAUCAUAUACCGCCAUGUCAUCCUGGAGAUUUACGACAAUGAUCUUGUUAUCGUCCGCGACCCAUACUGUUACCGGCCCAUGCUACGUCUCGACACGACGAUUCCCGAGUCACCAGAGCUCCGUCCCAGCACUCAGCGGCACAACUUAUCCGUCAAUGAAGCCAUCGCGCGGCUCCUCAAGCACACUCGGAUCAUCGAGUUCUCCACUACCCGCCGUUUUUACCACCCCUACCACUGGGACAAGACACUGGAGGGUCUGAUUGCCCAAGCAGAAGCUGUGCGCCAUAUACAUUGCAACAUGUGGGAGGUCAACAGCUCGCCAUGCAGCGCUUCUCAUCGCCCUUCCUGUAUCCGCUCCAUCGACAGGGGCACAUGGACGGGCUGGCUCUGGCAGUUCACUCGCGGCACGAACCAGCCAUCCGAUGAGCUGGUCAUCGUCAUCCCUGACAACUACCCGAGCCACGUUAAGAGCUACCCUUUCGUUGCGAAUCCUCCGGCCUCUCGUCUGAGCUGGAUCAAGACCGACUGUCACAUCUACACCGGCGAACUGGGACGUGCAGGCUCCGUCAUCACCAAGGUUGUCUUCAUCAAAGUCAAGGGCUCCCGUACUCCGCCCUCGUCGUCAGACACUGAAUGGAACGACUAUGUUGGUCUAUUCGAAGAAAUGAGCCCAAUGAUGCGGGCCCUCAUGGAGACCCAACCGCACCCUGUGACAUUCUCCCACAUCACAGCAGCCGAAUAUCAGCGGACACGGGGGUUGAGCAAUCUACAGCUUCAUCUGCUCACCACGGUCCCCGAGUACAAGUUCUCUCUUUCUAUGAUGGAAGAUCGGGCGAGAUACGACCAGUUCCGCCGUAAGCCUGACCGCACAUGA